AUGAAUCCAAACAGAAGUCUUAAAAACAUAAGAUUAGAAUUUAAAUGUCCAGAAUAAUGUAAUUGCGAAGGAAAAAUAAAUAGAAAAUGGUACCACUAAUCUUGCGGAAAUGCUCUAUAUAUGACAUCUAAAGGAGAUAUAUUUUGUGAUACAAAGGGAUGCAAUACCUUUUUUAUAAAAGACGCUUAGUUUUAAUGCAAUAAAGCUAGAUAGAGUUAAUCGUGGUAUAAAUAUAAGUCAAUGUCAUAAAUAUUUAUGGCACUUAGUUGUGCAAUAUAAGAAUCAGAGCAAUCCCUUAAACAAGAAGAUUAAAUUAAAUUUACUAAAGAAAUCUUGGAAGAAGUAAACAAGCAAUAAUUUAUAAAAAUAAUAAGAAUGAAUUAUUNGAAAUAAAUGAUAAUUUAAAUUUUUUGUUAAAAUGAAAUAACAGUUCUGAUUUAAAAUGUUGAUUUUGCUUAAGAAAUAAUAUUAAAUGGAAUUAGUUGA